CAAUGAUCUUAGAUCUAUUACCUAUAGUUACUGUCCUAGUAAUCUUGAUAGAAGCUUGGAGUGCGCAGUGUCUCAGUGGAAAUGAUUAGGUCAUGAACUGCUCAGAAUUUAGUGAUCUAAAAGUACACCAAAAUGGAAAAUGAAAGUUCAGCUAUACCCCUAAACGGUCCACGAUUUGGAGUUCGCCAUGUACAAGUAUUCUUCAUAUUUAUGCUGAUCACGAUUGCAUUUGGGACGAGGGUGCAAUUAUCUGUCGCGAUUGUAGCAAUGACGAAUAGUACUGCGAGUUCGAAUCCGAAUGUUCCAACCUAUGACUGGGAUAACAAAAGUGUAAUAUUAUCCUCCUUCUAUUGGGGAUACAUCGUACUCCAAGUGUUCGCUGCAGAACUGGCUAAAAGAUAUGGCGCCAGAAAGUUUCUGCUUGUAGCAAUGACAGUGAAUUCGACGAUUAACAUGCUGGUUCCUUUGAUGGCUAGUUUGCUCGGAUCUUACGGCGUAAUGGGCUCCCGAGCACUUCAAGGUCUAUCACAGGGAUUCUUCUACCCUUCUAGUCAUAAUAUACUAGGAAAAUGGGCACCUUCCGAGGAAAGAAGUGUCCUCAGUACUGUAGCUUUUUCAGGUUCAUCUUUUGGUACAAUCGUGACUAUGGUAGUAGUCGGAAUAUUAUGUUCUUCUUGGAUAGGAUGGGAAUCUUCGUUUUAUAUAAUUGGUGCAUUAGGAUACACCUGGGUAUUUUUCUACGCAAUAUUUGGUGCUAGCAGUCCAGCAGAACACAAAACCAUAUCUAAAGAAGAGAAAGAAUACAUAGAAAGUUCUUUGGACUCCGAAGAUGCUAGUAAGUUACAAACUCCAUGGAAAUCGAUUUUUACUUCCCCACCAUUUUUGGCAGUUUAUAUCACCCAAAUUGGAACAGUUUGGGGUAAUUCGACUUUACUAGCAGAGAUACCAACUUAUAUGAAUAAAGUGAUGGGUUUCGACAUCACAUCGAAUGGACUUUUGUCAGCAGCACCAUACCUUACCUCUUUCAUUUUUGCCUACUCAUUUAGUUUCAUAUCGGAUUACAUCGUCAACAACAAUUACCUUUCUGUAACUUGGUCAAGGAAAUUGUUCACUAUGAUAGCCACCUUGAUUCCAGCGAUGGCGCUGUUGGUACUUGGAUUUCUUCCGUUGGGAUACACCACUCUCUCAGUUGUAAUGUUGAUAGUUGCUGUGGGUUUUCAGAGUGCUCAAACUAGUGGUUACCUCAUCAACCACAUAGAUCUCUCUCCAAAUUUUGCUGGUACCCUCAUGGGCAUUGGAAAUGGUACUGCCAAUAUAUGCUCAAUAUUGGGUCCUCUAUCGGUCCAAUGGAUCGUCACAGAUGAGACCGAUAAAUCUCAAUGGAGGAUAAUAUUCAUAAUAGCAGCCAUGAUGUACUUGUUACCUUCAUUGUUCUACUUAUUUUUCGCUUCCGGAGAAGUGCAACCAUGGGAUUCCUCAUCAGACGAUGAUGCAGUGAAGAGGAGAUUAAGGAGGAAGAAGAUCUCUGUGUAUUCUAUAAUGUCAAUAAAUUGAAUGAAUUCAAAUUAAU